CCUUUACUGCGUUAGUUCGACUUUGCGCAAUCAUACGGUCCCCUUACGGUUCAAUGCUGUUUUCCAUAAUCCUUGUGUUUUCGGGCUUUCUCGUUGAUUUGUGCAGAUUUGAACCGAGUCCUUUGUGCGAGUCUGGUGAUAGACGAUUUAGCGAUGUUAUUAAGAAAGGGAAAGCGCUGGAUGUCUUUUAUUUCAUGAAUGAUACAAAGGAAACGAUUCAGCUGACAUGGGCAGGCGAAAACAGUGGAGUGUUGAUAUUGGUUACGAUGACUGAUUUAGAAAACGGACCUGGUUUGACCUCCGAUAUAUAUCGCAGUGAAAACAAUGGAAAGAACUUCCAUAAAAUCACUUAUGAGCUUGGUGAGAGAGUCUAUAUAAGAAGAGAGAAUGGGCUACAACGUCACCAAAAUCAGAGGGAUUCCAUGGAAUUGUUUGUUGUUUGUUACGAUCCUGACAACCGAGAGCAUUCAAUUAUUUUUGUUACAAAAGAUGGUGGCGCUUCUUGGGACAAGUCUAAUGUCCCUUUCGUUUUGAGCGGCCAACUAAGAUUCUACCCACGGAAGCGCUUGUCCCCAUGGAUACUUACGGUGGAAGAAAAGACAUCUAAAUUAUUUUUAUCACUCGACAAUGGUAACUCGUGGUCGAAGGUCCAUGAGAAUGUUGUUGACUUUUUUUGGUCAAUCUACGAUUCUGAUCCAGACGAAACUUUUUACGUGCUCUACAAAACAGCGCACACUAUCAAUGAAACUACAAAUCAAACACUGGUGAAAUCCACAGAUUUUGGGCGUACUUGGAUCUCUGUGAUGGAUCACGUGGUUCGUGUAUGGGCACCUCGCGGCGUCCGCACACAGGCUACAAACACUUCGGGGUUAUUCGACUCACUCAAUGAGCAUGAUGCCUACGAGUCCGGGUUAGGAAACCUUGUUGCAUCACCCAGCCUACCUUUACCAGAUCGGAAGGGCAAUCAGUUCCUCUAUGUUGCUCACUUUACCACCCCUGAGAAUCAAACCACACGGCUCAGCGUGUCUGUCGAUGGGGGCCAGACGUUCCGACCUGUUUAUCUACCCACAGUACAGCCAGAGAGGUUCUAUUCCGUUCUGGAAGUCGAGGACGAUCUGGCUUUCGUUCAUGUGGAUGCCCCAAAUGACACCGGAUACGGAACGCUUUUUACUUCAGACAACACGGGGCAGAUUUUCACCGAGUCACUUCGUCAACAUCUGUAUCCUAACCAUGCUCCAGUCACUGAUUUCUACCGCGUUUCCUCCAUGCGUGGCACGUACUUGGCCACACGGCUUAAUCCCGACCGGACGUUGCAUACUGUCAUUACCCACGAUCGCGGGGCCAGAUGGCAUGCUCUGGGACUCCCGCUCAACGUUGAAGGUGCUUGUAAACCGGAUUCUAGUAACAAUGUUGGCGAUAAACAUGCAACGCCUGCGUCCACCACGUUUUUCAAGCGCAAUGCAAGUGCAUCCGCGGAUUCUGCGGAGGCCACGUCCCUAAAUACCAUGAAAUCGGGUGAUGAAACCACUUGGGAAUCCGGAGGGAUGGCAAACGAUUCCUUGUCUGUCGAUCCGUCCGCCAGCAAAGUCUGCGGAUUGCAAAUCAGUAACCAAUUCAGUAUCCGCAACCGCGUGAUCGCCUCUUCCCCACUGUCCAUCUCUGCUGCACCGGGCCUCAUUUUGGCACACGGCCACGUUGCAACCCAUUUGAAAAAUACUCCAGCUGAUGUGUUUGUCAGUUCGGACGGAGGUUAUACGUGGAUCAAAGCCUUGGAUGGCCCCCACCAUUAUCAAAUCGCAAACCGUGGUGGCUUGUUAGUUGCCGUGCCGGCGGAUACACUGUGGCCAGAUGUUCUCCGCUUCAGCACGGAUGAAGGUCAUUGUUGGCACACUAUACCUCUGCGCACUGGGGUUUGGAAUACUGGUCCCACUGCAAACACUACCGUUACGGCCUCCGUCAACAUUUACCAGACCACUACUCCAGUUCCCGGAACCGCUAUUCCACCGACUCCGCCUUCCGUGGGCUUGACAUCCAACUCCACCUCUGCAGCGGAACCUUGGAUGAUACGCAGUCGGUCCGAUGAGACCGUCGUGUUCACCGGCCUCGUCACUGAGCCGGGUGGACGAGCAAUGGCUGCCGCUGUCUAUGGUUACGGUACAGUUAGCCAACGGUGGCGAGUCGCCGUGGUGGACUUUGUCACCAAUGGGAUGGUGACUAGAAUGUGUUCUCCAUCCGAUUACGACAUUUGGACUCCGCACUCCUCGAUCGACGGCGCACAGGAUGGAUGUCUGUUAGGCGUGAAACAAUAUUACCGGCGGUUGAAGAAAGGUUCCUUAUGUAUCAAUCAUUACGGCCUUGAUCCCCUCAUUCACGCAGAGGAGUGCACAUGCACGACAGCAGACUUCGAAUGUGAUUAUGGAUACCGUCGACAAUCUUCAUCAUCGGAAUGCGUUCCUGAUCCUUCAGUAGCUCCGGAUCCAUGUCUACUGUCCACUGAGCUUCGAAGGGACAUUCAGUACCUUGGCUAUCGACGAAUCCCAGGAGACCGCUGUGUAGACGGUUGGCAACCCCCUCUGUGGAACAGUUCCAUACUCGGGCUUUGUUCAAAUCCCGUUUUGGACGCAGCCACGGAACCAGCUGGCACAUCCAUGGGGGUUGUAUCUAUCUCAAUUGUCCUCAUAUGCUGCACACUACUUGCCUUGAUCUUUGUCUGCUAUCAACGGAACAGACGACCAGUUAGCCUUCGUUCCGGUACAUUGUUCCCUGCUGCGAGUCAAUUGAAUCGAUUUAUUUCAAUCCCACGCUGGAAGACGUUUGGUGCUGUCUCUCGCCUUGAGCCCGACACCGGUGAAUCAUUUUGGCCUCCGGUGGAAGAUGAAUCCAGAUGGACUUUCAGCUCUGUCAAUGCAAAUGGACUUCAAGAUGACCGGUUGCAUUAUCUUCCUGCUCAUCGAAAUGCGGGAAAUCAUUCUUGGAGCAAGGACUCCCUGCCUCGUCUGCCCCAUAUGUGUCCACCGUUUGCCAACCGUUUUCGGACUGGAGAGACUGAUGGCACGGUUCUGCUUGAAGCCGAAGAAGUGGCUCUUCCAACCGAUUGCCCAGAACGACCCAUUCCUCCGUUUGAAGAUCCAUUGGCCUCACCACAUUCACGCGAGCGAAUGACGUAAACAUAGCACGAGAUGCCUUGCGAUACGCCAAGCUCACCUACCAUGCGCUUUCCAUCACAUUUUAUACUUUCCUCACAAGGAUCGUCGUCACUCACUAACUCUCUCCCCUUCUCCCUCCAUGCCAUCUUGGAACUUGUACGUGUUGUCGCUGCUGCUCCACCUGAUCACCCGUUCGUACCAUUAUUUGGCAUAUUGAGAUACCUUCGUGUGGCCUCCAUUGAGGUUUUGCGUUCCCAACUGGGAGUGGUUUACGAAUCUCAGUCAUGUCAGGUGUACUCAGUUUGACCUUUUGCGAUUCUCUCCUCUUCAUGUUUACCGUGCUUUGAAUCCUGCUUCACAGACAGCGAAGGCUAGCUGUUGAGUUUCCCCUCACAAGUCAAAACGUAGUCCUUUGGAUAUUCAGGUUAAAAGUAGUUUAUGAAGGUCUAACGAUUUCACCGCUCGCCUGUGGUGAGAUGGUAAAAAAUUUAUAGAAAAACUAAUUUGCUGUUUGGCUGGGGAAUCCGAGAUAUCCAUGGGUAUGUGUGUGUGUGUAUGAAUACCUCGACAAACAUUCUCGCUCCUGU